UAUCGGUACAGCUUGUCCGAUUUAAAUACGUGAAGUGAGAGUCAAUGUUGGAGUGAAUUAACGCAUCAGAACUUAAAGGUUUUGUCAGCUGGGAUCAAAACAAUAUUUAACAACACGAUUUUGUUUCAGACGAUGUUAGAAGAAAGACUACGAAAGUUUGCUCAGGAGAACUUUAGCCAUAGAUACUAUCCUAUUCUUCAUGGAGAGUCUGAGAAAAUACAGCCACUAACGCUUGCUGUAAAAAGGACUCGGUCAUUAUGGAAGCGACCACGCGCAAAACAUGAAAUCAUAGUCCUUUCAGAAAUGGCGAAAUAUGUUCAAGGUGACAGAGAAGCUAAAGUGUUGCGUGAUUUCUUGGAAUCUCAAGUCAAAAAGGAAAUGUUUCAGUCCAAACCGACCAUUGAUAUGGGUAACAGUAGAGCUCAGGAGUGCAGUACAAGUGUUUCAGGAUAUCUGCAUGCAACCAUCAAGAUCAGUGGUGAUCAAAAAAUUCUAAAACUGGGUGCACUGAGCCAGAAAUACAUUGACGACCCAGAUCUCCGUGGAAUACUUGCAAAGACACCUUUAGAUUACAACAAAAUGAAAGGCUUUGAAGGGAAUGAACUGUUUUUAGUAACGUCUGUAAUUUCCAGCGAGAAAUUUCAACUUGAAGGAGAGAGAAACGAAAAGAUCGAGACUGAAGUUAAUGGUGAAUUGCCUUCGCAAACGGCGAGUCCCAUCUCCAGCUAUUUUUUUCCACGCAGAAAAGUGCAUUCUCGCUACUUCAGCUCAUUUUUUCCUCCAGAGAUGGCAUCCAGAACCUCCGCAGCGCCGAUCCUCUUCAAGUGUUGCCAUGUUGAUUACCUAAAGGAUGAAAACAGACUGGAAAUCCGGAAAGGAGAAUAUGUUGGUAAAACAGUUACCAAGGACGUGUUUGGCGGCUAUUCUGCCAAAGAGGACCUGGAUUAUGAUAGCACCUACGUGGAAAUAUACUCAGAUGAGACUAACCUAGCAGAUCCUCUUAGUACAGAAGAUUUCAAGAGACUUGACCCUAUACUAAACAAAGUGCUUCUACCAAUCAAAGAUAGAGAACAGCGUAAGGCACUCGUUAAGAAGUAUCUGUAUUGGUUUGAAACAGCUUUAAAAACAGGUCAAAACAGGUUUCUGGUUCCGGAACCAAUAAUUCCAGGUGACAGGGAGUUUCUCAGAAUUGCCAAUAUUUCCUGUGAUGAGGAAACGAAUACGUUGGAUCUAGAGGCUCUCACCGAAGACGACAUUCAUGGAUAUGCUGUUGUCCUCGGGAACCUUUUCGGUUUAUCGGACGAAACGUGGGAAGCAAUUGAGAAGGAUGGCGCAAAACCUUGACCCAUGACUCACUUAAAAUUGAGCAAUGUUGCUUUUGCAUGUUUUACAUUGAAUCAGAAGCUUAUUAAGUGAUUUACGCUGCAAAGUUUUGACUCAAGGAAAAUGAGAUUUAAACGGAUAAAGGAAGUAACAUGGUAGUAUAAAGACACCAAGUAUUUAAGAAUAAACGG